UUCUCUGGUCUAGCAUCUGGAUGAAAGGAACUGCUGGGGUCAUGAAUGCCUCGUGCUUUCUCUCUGCUCUCACCUUUGUUCUCCUCAUUGGAGAGAGCAUAGCUUGGUACUACAAUGCCUCCAGUGAGCUCAUGACAUAUGAUGAAGCAAGUGCGUAUUGUCAACGGGACUACACACAUCUGGUGGCGAUUCAGAACAAGGAAGAGAUCAAUUACCUAAACUCCACUCUGAGAUAUUCACCAAGUUAUUACUGGAUUGGAAUCAGAAAAGUCAAUAAUGUAUGGAUCUGGGUGGGGACCCAGAAGCCUCUGACAGAGGAAGCUAAGAACUGGGCGCCAGGUGAACCAAACAACAAACAAAGAAACGAGGACUGUGUAGAGAUCUACAUCCAAAGACCCAAAGACUCCGGCAUGUGGAAUGACGAGAGGUGUGACAAAAAGAAACUGGCUCUGUGUUACACAGCUUCCUGUACCAACACAUCCUGCAGUGGUCACGGUGAAUGCAUUGAGACCAUCAAUAGUUAUACCUGCAAAUGUCACCCCGGCUUCCUGGGACCCAAGUGUGACCAAGUUGUGACCUGCCAAGAACAGAAAUACUCUGACCAUGGAAGCCUGAACUGCACCCACCCACUCGGCCUCUUCAGCUAUAAUUCAUCCUGCUCCUUCAGCUGUGAAAGGGGCUAUGUGCCCAGCAGCAUGGAGACCACCGUGCGGUGUACGUCCUCUGGAGAGUGGAGUGCACCUGCUCCUGCCUGCCAUGUAGUUGAAUGUAAAGCUUUGACCCAACCUGCCCACGGAGUCAGGAAAUGUUCCUCAAAUCCUGGGAGCUACCCAUGGAAUACGACGUGCACGUUUGACUGUGAGGAAGGGUACAGGAGAGUUGGAGCUCAGAAUCUACAGUGUACCUCAUCCGGUGUCUGGGACAACGAGAAGCCAUCGUGCGAAGCUGUGACCUGUGAUGCCAUCCCUCGGCCUCAGAAUGGCUCUGUGAGCUGCAGCAACUCAACGGCUGGAGCGCUUGCCUUUAAGUCUUCCUGUAAUUUCACCUGUGAGCACAGUUUCACAUUGCAGGGCUCAGCCCAGGUUGAAUGCGGUGCACAAGGGCAGUGGACACCACAAAUCCCAGUGUGCAAAGCUUCCCAAUGUGAAGCCUUAUCUGCACCACAGCGAGGCCACAUGAAAUGUCUUCCCAGUGCCUCUGCAGCUUUCCAAAGUGGGUCUAGUUGUACGUUCUCCUGUGACGAAGGAUUUGAAUUGAAGGGAUCAAGAAGGCUUCGGUGUGGUCCAAGAGGGGAGUGGGACAGCGAAAAGCCCACAUGUGCAGGGGUACAGUGUUCAAGCCUUGACCUUCCAGGAAAGAUGAACAUGAGCUGCAGCGGGCCAGCAGUUUUCGGCACGGUAUGUGAAUUUACAUGUCCUGAGGGUUGGACACUCAACGGAUCUUCAAUCCUGACAUGUGGUGCCACAGGACACUGGUCUGCGAUGCUGCCUACUUGUGAAGCCCCAGCCAACCCUCCCCGUCCCUUGGUAGUGGCACUUUCUGUGGCAGCAACCUCACUUCUGACAUUGUCUUCAUUGAUCUACGUGUUAAAGAGAUUCUUUUGGAAGAAAGCAAAGAAAUUCGUCCCUGCUAGUAGCUGCCAAAGUCUUCAAUCGUUUGAAAACUAUCAAGGGCCUUCUUACAUCAUCUAAGAUGCGAGCAAUCAGGAACACAAAUGCAUCAUGGGAAAUAGAACGAUAUGCUGAAGACAGCAGGAAAUGAACUGUCUGCAGAAUCCUGGUCUCUCUUGCCUGCUUAAAAACUAGGAUCCUGACUCCAUGGAUCAAAACUGAGCGACAAGGCCAGCCUCUACCAGAAUGACUCCGUUUGCUCCCUCCUAGUUAGUGGCAAUAUCCAGACGUGCUGCCACAGGAGGUGGAGGCUCUCUCUUCAAAAGAGAGUGAAUAGACCAGGGGCCUGGGACAGCAGAAUCCCUCCUGACUCUUCGUCACUCUGGAAUUUGGGGACAGAAAUGGCAUUUUGUUGCUUUGUUUCUUUCUCUCAUUCCCCACACAGUGUGUCAACAGCUAGUUCCAGUAUUGUUGUCACAGGGAUAAAUAAUAUUUAUCAGCAGUUUUGAACAGACAAAUUUCUAUUUCUAUAUUGGAAAAAAAAGGCAAAUUUGCCACAUUCUCAGGUUAUAGCAUAGGGGUGUCAUUAUGGUUCGAAUCCUGCUGAGUAUUACAUGGUAAGCCUUACUGGCUUUACCCCUGUGGGAUUCGGUGGCCUCUGAAGUAUUCUUGAACAUUGUGUUCUGUGUCCUGGCAUUGAGUCCAGCAUAAUGUCUGUUAUUCUUAGUUCAGUGCAAGGGUCAAAAGGACUUACAAAGUCAGAAUCCUGUGGCCCAUCACAAGGCAAAGGUUAUCCUAAAUCUCUUUUUGAUUAGAAAAUCCCAGGGUUAUAUCUGCAAUAAACAUAUUUUCAAGAUGAGACAUUAAUAAUCAGUGUCACAUUCUGAGUAUUUAAUGGUAGCUGGUUUUCAGACAUGGUACUAUCAAAAGGACAGAAAGUAAAGAGAGUGUUUGUAUAUUUGGGGUCCCCCCCCCGUGUUUUGUUUUUUUUUCUGGAAGAAAGAACAUCCUUGAAGCCAAAUGUUCUGAUUUAGUAAAAGCAUAAGUCAUAAAAGUACAUCUUAAGGUAUUUUUAAGAGCCUGUCAAAGCGUGAAUGUGCUUUGAUUCCUAAAAGAGUGGUUCUUAUACAUGGCAAAUAUAUGAUUCUUGUAUAUUGUAUUUGAUUCUAAAUCCGUGGUGAGGAUUCACCCUCUAAUAGAUGGACAAAGGCAGUGGACUUUUAAAGACCAAAGGUGUCUACGAGUUAUUCUGUUCUGGUUCACAAGUUCUAGAGAAGGGGAAAGCUUGUGUGCACAAUGAUUAUGCAGAGAUUAAAAUUCCUAAACAAUUUCACCUGUAGCUGGCAGUGACAAACGCUUGGUCAAUAAGUGCCAGAACUAUUCCUGCCCAAAGUGUCCCAACUGCCAAAUUAACUCGUUAAAGAAAUUUCUUGAAAGGUCCUUGCUCUGAUUGGGGGUGGUGGAAAAGCCAACAGUGAACAGGAAGUGAUAAGCAUUAGAAUGAAAGGGGAGGGAGGAGGAAUAAGUGACAGCGAGAGAGAGAGAGAGAGAGAGAGAGAGAGAGAGAGAGAGAGAGACUGUGAGAAACCACACAAUGUAAAUGGUUGUAUAUUUUGUAUCAGAAAUUACUGUGUGAAAUAUAUAUGUAGUCUGUAUCUGAGUUCUAGUAGAAUAUUUUAAAUUAUGAUUUAAAAUAUUUUAUGGUAUAAGAGUAUGUAUUUAUUUAAAUAUAUUAAACUUAUUGUAUUCACAUGUCAGUAUGUUUGGCAAUAAAUGUGUUUCUACUUA